CGGACACUGCGGGGAGCUCGUCCGUCCGCGCGCUCUGUGAGUGAGCGCCUCGAGCGCUGCGUGCGCAGUGUCCCCAGCGCCGUCCUGGGGCUGCGGCUGGGGAUGAGCGCCACGUGGGGAUGCCUCUCCGUGAUGGGUCUCUGCGCGCUGCUGCUCGCCGCGGGUCGCGCCGCGUGGCUCCUCGCGCUCGCGCUCCGCACGCACCGCGCGCUCUGGGGGCGCCGACCCCGCGCGGUGUCUCCGCUCCUCUGCGCCAGCGGGGACUGGGCAGUUGUUACAGGUGCCUCUGAUGGAAUUGGAAAGGCUUAUGCAAUUGAAUUGGCGAGGCAAGGAUUGAGCGUGGUGCUGAUCAGCAGGACCCGCCACAAGUUGGUGAAGGUGGCAGAAGAAAUUGAAACGGGGUUUGGUGUGAAAACGAAAGUAAUUGUUACAGACUUCACGGGAGGAGUGGAAAUUUAUCCUCAAAUUUCAAGUGAAAUCGAACAUCUCACCAUUGGGGUUUUGGUGAACAAUGUUGGAAUGACAUUUCAUGAAUAUGGAGGUCACUUCCUCAACACGCCUGCAAUCGAUAAGAGGAUUGUGAAACUGCUCAACUGUAACAUUCUGUCUGUGACAAUGAUGGCAAGCAUCGUGCUUCCGAAAAUGGUGGCAAGGAACAAAGGUGUGAUCAUUAACAUCUCGUCUGGCAUGGCAGCACACCCGUUUCCCUUGCUAACGAUGUACACAUCAUCCAAGAUUUUUACAGAUUAUUUUUCAAGAGCAUUGCAUGCCGAAUAUAAGGACCGUGGGAUCAUUGUGCAGAGCGUGUUGCCUUUUUUGGUAUCAACAGCAAUGACCCAAUGGAGGCAGCCUGGCUUUUUCAUACGGAAGCCAGACCAGUUUGUUCAGGAAGCACUGAGAACUGUUGGUCUAACCGAGAGGACACAUGGCUGUUUAGCACAUGGCCUGCAGGGAUGGCUGAUAAGUUGGAUUCCUGCUUGGAUACUGUCGAGUAAAUAUGCCCUACGCAAAGCAGUGUCCAUCAUGAGGCUACAUAAACACAAAUUAUGAUUUUGGAUAAAUUUGUCAACUUACCACGAAUAAAUAUUCAUGAGGCGUUCUGUGUAUGCUUAUAAGUCUAGCUUAUUGAAUCACAUACUGCACAAUAUAUAAACUUCAACACAUAACACCGUUACAUUUGAUGUGUAUUGUGCAUACGUAAUACAAGCUGGAUAUGUUUAAUAGUCUUUGCCCAGGAAAAUUUCACUGUGUCUAGAGUAUAUGAUGGGCAUACUUUAUUCAGUUGGUUGUUUUGACUUAUUUUUCGUGGCAGGAAACUGCAGUGGACACAUUGACCUCACACACAGCACAAUUCACCGACGCUUGGCACACACGUGUUAGGUCUCUGUGGUGUGUACAUACAUACAGCGUACCCUGCAGUGGCAGAUAACCCAUUACGUACUCGCUGUGAAAUAAUAACACUCUUUCAUUAAAGAUGCAAUUAAUUGAUUUUCAACCGUUUAAGUAUGGAGAUCCCCCCCCCCACCGGUUCCCCGUGCACCCCCCUCUCCCCAAAGUCCACUCAUGGCAACUCUACACAGCUAUUGGCACGCAUGAGUUGCUGGAACACAUUGCUCAAACUGUGGUAACAUUCUCCUCAGGCGUGUUUCCCUUCCUUUGGCCACCACUCGGUCAUUAGUCUCACCUGCUGGCCAUCAUCAACACCAUCAUCCCUUCCAGCCAUCACGUGUCCUGCCCAAGCCUCAUCUUUCACUGUGGAACAUCCCUCAAUGUCCACUCUCCUAGCUGUAAAGAAAAUACCAUUCUUAAAAUGUAGCUGUGCACUUUUGGAACGGGGCACCUCUGUGCUAGUUAUUGCCAGGAGACAGUUUUGGUCUAAUUCCAAAUACCAUUAGAGAGUGGCAGAUGCUGCAUUAUAGCAACACUGGCUGCACACACAAACUACCCGUGAUAAACUCCACGUGCGACUCGUAUUCGUAAUUUCUCCUGCACGGUAUCCAAGUCGCAGUCUGCACAUUGAUUGACUUUGCAACCUGUGGGUGGCGGUUCCAGGGUGCUGUGAAGAGGGACA